CCAGUGUGUGGGCCAUUCUAUGUGAGUUGACUGGAUUGUGGGAGAAGGGCAGAGAAAACGUACUGCUGCAGUGAUUCACCAACCUGAACACAUGCACACGUUCCUGUGUACGUGCAUCGCUGUUAUGUCCAUAAUGAGAGUGUACCAUUCGUAGGGAGGGAUGGUGCCGGUACGCGAUGAAAAUAGGCAGAGAUGACACCCCCUGAACUCAGAAACCACGCACAUGUGUUCCCUGUGUGUGUGUGUGUGUGUGUGUGUCUGUGUGUCCGUGUAUGUGUGUGUGUCUGGGUCACCUGUCGAGCGAGUGAUAGGUGGAAGUCGGCAUACUCAGCUGUGCAAGGGACAGUCAAGAUGAUCCAUUGCGUACAGCCUCGCGGCACAUUAGCAUCCCAACAGAGGGCCGCGGUUGACUCCUCUGAGACCGUGCUGAAACACAACUCAAUGUAUUUCGUAGUCUGCCAUGGUGGCCGCAUGGUCUCCCAUGAUCUAUAUUUCUGUUGAUCCACCUGCCUACGUGGUCUGUACUUCAUGCCCAUCACAGCAAGGGGUAGAUGAAGUACAAGGAGGAAAAAGAUCAUCGUGGAUAUGUGACCCAACUUCAGCUGCAUCACCUACACACACAACACAACAGCAUCGGUCAGUCAGGACUGAAGGACUGAUGGCCUUUCCUUUGGUGUGUGCUCAUGAUUGACCUGAGAGAGUGCUGUGCUGUGGAAUAUGGCCUCACCCGGCUGCUGUUUGCACUUCAGAGCCUUUUGCGAGCUUGCAAAUGCUGCAGAUCCGGAAAGAGAUGCAUUGGAUGUAUGCGACGAGUGUGCUGUGCCAUGUGGUGCAUCUGACGAGAAGCGAGAAGUGAAGUCGGCUCUGAUCUUCAUUCGUAAAUUUCUGCUCUCGGGCUCCCUUUGCGCUGCCAGGAGCACAGUCGGCUGCCGUUGUCAGAAGAGCCUGAUCGGAGCGUUGGUCUCUUCUGACUUCAGCUGGGCAUCAACUUCGGAACCGCUUGCCAGCCUCACAGCACUGCAGAUGC